GUUGCCCAGGGUCAUUAGGUUUUACUUGAAUUAUUUGAUGGCACUGCAUUUAGGAAUUUAUUAUUUCAUUUUGUAGCAACAAAAAACGAAAAGGCCCUCACUUGCUGAGUUGGUUAGACGUUAACGUUGUCGUAACGCUACAUUUAAUGUUAGCAAGUUAGCUGGGUAGCAACAUUGUCAGAUCGUUUCCUUGUUUGCUCCUUACUCCUGACCGGUACCAGUGGCUAGCGACCUAACGUUAGCUACUGCCUUCUAGCAACCAAAUUAUAGCAAUAAUACACCUGCUUAGGUUUUGUUUAAUCUGUGAGUGCAACCAUUCGCUUGGAAACCCUCAUAUCCGAAAUAUUACAUGCGGGAUUUAAGAAAUCCAGUUUGUGUUAAUCCUGAAAUAUAGACAAAAUAUCUGAGGGGGACGGCCUAAUCCUGCCAGUUAUCCGGAAGAUACCAUAUUUUCCGCUUAGCUGUGAGCAUCAUAGGCCCCCCUCGCUGCUCUUAGUAGCAUAGCUCUUAGCACAAGCUAGUUUUGCAAGAACCCUCAAGAAAUCUGUGUUGACAUGCAAUCGUAUUGUUACUAUACGUUUUACUUUUGGGUGCUCUGAACCUGGUCUCUUGGAUCAGGGAUGUGGUGUUUGAAGAAUUAUUUGAAUAUUAGUGUGGUGUGUUUGUAGUCCAGUGCAACAUGCUCAUAGGGCACCCUGGAGACGACCAUUCCCAACAGAGUAGAUGGAUUACAUAAUAAUAACAACAACAUAACAUAUGAGUUCUGGAUGGCAUUCUGCCUCUUGGACAAAUCCUGGAGAUAAUAUGCAGCAUCCAUUAUUUUCAUGCAGCAUUGCAUAACAUACCCUGUGGGCUGACAGCUCCCACUCUUGUUCCUCCUCCUGUGUGAAAGAAGGCACAAAGCCAGGGUUGGGUCACUGAGAUUACUUGCACUACAGAAUACAUGCCUGCUCAAAUCACAUGUGUGUCUGUAGCUGUGACUUGCUCCUAAGCGUUUACAUGACACCGAGGUCUGGUGCUCCCGUAGGGACAGUAACAGAGGGCCAGCGCACCACUCAGAGGUGGGGGCAUUCCUAUCCAUCCCUCUGUAUACCCCCUCUCCCCUUUUUCCUCUUGGGGCUGUAAAUAAGCUGGGGCUUUGUGGACCCUUGAGAACCCUUCCCCUCCUAUGCUUCUCCAGCACUGCAACCCCUCUACAAAGUCACUGCCCACUCUGCUGCUGUUCAUUAUGCUGCUGAAAGGCACCAGGGAGAUGCUCAGAUGAUCCAUUGGGCCAUCUUGAACCACACUGUCUAUAUAUCCAACAAUAGGGACAACUAACUAGUGCAAGUGUGAGAGAGCACUGGGAGUGUGCUGUGAGUACUCUGCGAGGCCUGCCCGCCAAGCCUGGCAGAAAGCUUGGCUUGCCCCUUCACUCCUCCAGCUCCUGAGAUGCCCUCCCCUCCCAAUGAUGGAGAGGAUCAAGGCGCGUCCCCCGUGAACGGGCCAUCUGUGGGCUCCUACCAGAGCAGUGGGAAGAGGAAGGUGCACAGGAAAAAGAAGAAAGGCACUAUUACCGCCAAUGUUGCUGGCACCAAAUAUGAGAUUGUUCGUAUAGUCAUCAAUGAGAUGGAUUUCAUCAAGACCCGGGAUGAUGAUGAAACUGCCAACCUCAUUUGGAAUGACUCGGCUGUCCAGCAUGAGAAAAUCGCUGAGCUCAGGAAUUACCAGAGAAUUAACCAUUUCCCUGGCAUGGGCGAAAUCUGCCGGAAAGACUGCCUAGCAAGGAACAUGUCCAAAAUGAUCAAGAGCCAGCCUCAAGACUACAGCUUUAUACCUAAAACCUGGAUCUUCCCUGCUGAGUACACUCAGUUCCAGAACUAUGUCAAGGAGCUACGCAGGAAACGCAAGCAGAAGACCUUUAUUGUCAAACCUGCUAACGGAGCCAUGGGUCACGGGAUCUCGCUUAUCCGUAACUGUGAGAAGCUGCCAGCCCAGGAGCACUUUAUUGUUCAGGAGUAUCUUGACAAACCCUUCCUGAUGGAGGGCUACAAGUUUGACCUGCGCAUCUACAUCCUUGUCACUUCCUGUGAUCCUCUUCGCAUUUUCCUCUACAACGACGGCCUGGUUCGCAUGGGCACAGAGAAGUACCACGCGCCCAGCGAUGCCAACCUGAGCCAGCUCUACAUGCACCUGACCAACUACUCAGUGAACAAACACAAUGAGAACUUCGAGCGAGACGAGACCGUGGACAAAGGCAGUAAGAGGUCCAUCAGCUGGUUCACCGAGUUCCUCCGUACCAACGACUAUGACGUGGCCAAGUUCUGGGGAGACAUCUCUGAGCUGGUGGUGAAGACAUUAAUAGUGGCUGAGCCCCAUGUGCUGCACGCCUACCGCAUGUGUCGCCCCGGCCAGCCACCAGGGAGCGACAGUGUCUGCUUUGAGGUGCUGGGCUUUGACAUCAUCCUGGACCGCAAACUCAAACCCUGGCUAUUAGAGAUCAAUCGAGCGCCAAGCUUUGGGACCGAUCAGAAGAUUGAUUACGAUGUGAAGAAAGGCGUGCUGCUCAAUGCUCUCAAACUUCUCAACAUUAGGGCCAGUGAUAAGAAACGCAACCUAGCGCAACAAAAGGCAGAGGCUCAGAGACGACUCUAUGGGCACGGCUCCAUGAAGAAACUCUCAGCUGCUUCCUCAGACUGGGAGAAACAACGUCACACACUGGAGCGACGGAGAGAAGAGCUGAAAGAGCGACUGGCACAAGUCCGCAAGCAGAUCUCCAGGGAGGAGCAUGAAAAGCAACAUCUGGGGAACUACAGACGUAUUUACCCCCCAGACGACAAGCUGCUGUUGGAGAAGUAUGAAAGCCUGCUCUCGGCCGCCUUUCAGACCUUCCUCGCCGGGCGAGCUGCCUCACUUCAAAAGGAAAUGAAUAAUCCUCUGAAACGAAUGAAGGAGGCAGACAUAUUGGAUUUGUUGGAGCAAUGUGAACUGGACGACGAGAAGCUGAUGGGUAAAUCUUCCAGGCAACGAGGCCCUAAGUCCUUGACCACCAUGCCAGAAUGCAGUCAGACACCAAGGCGUCAACGACCAGACUACCUGGCCGACUUUACAAGUGGCAGCAGCGCUGAUAACUCCUGUUCCUCCUCAGAUGAAGAGGAGGAGGAGAGGACAAAAGCAGGAGGAGGAGGAAGAGGCGAAGAGAAGAGGGAGAAGAAAGUUUCCUAUCACCUUGGGGACAAAAAGGAUAAGAACUUGGCUGAACGCUCAGGUCGCAUGCACUGGAAACCUCCAGUCAAGCCACUCAAAACCAGCCCCGCCCCUUCCGUUUCCCCAACACUUUCUGGGCCAAUCAGGCGCUCCAUCUCCUGUCCUCGCUCCAUUGCCUCCCUCUCAUCGCCCAAUGAGGUGCGAGCCUUGUCUACCAGGCCUUCACCUACAGUUCCUUUGGCCACUCCCCUCAUCAGGCCAAGCUCUGCCACUCUGCGCUCGCACUCACUGAGCCGCAGUGGCUCCGCCCACCGCGUGCCUCACAGCAACAGUCUGGGAACCAUCCACUCCAACAUAGGUGAUCCGCUGAUAAACCUGAGGAGUAAAGAGCAGGAGGCAGAGUUGGUGCAUCAGACUCUGGCUGCGCUCACAGCCAUGAGGAUCAGGUUUCCUGGAAAAACUGAGGAAGAGGCUGAGGCUGUGUUGGAUGAGAUCCUUGACAACUGGAAAUACCAUAAACCAAAGGUUGCCUCUUAUUGGCUAGUGAAGCUGGACUCAACCAAACAACGGAAGGUGUUGGACAUCGUACGCACCAACAUACGGUCGGCGCUGCAGCGGAUCUGGAGGGAGCCAGACAUAGACAGCCUCCACCUCUACCGACUCUUUAACCGCGUCUUCAAUCGGCUGCUUUGGAGUCACGGACAGGGCCUGUGGAACUGCUUCUCCAACACUGGCUCAUCAUGGGAGACGAUCUUCAGUAAGAGCAGCGAGGUGGUGUCACCCCAGGAGCUACAAUGCUGCCGCCGCUUAGUCCAGCUGUGCCGAGACUGCCUGCUGGUAGUGUACAAGUUUGUCUCAGAGUCCCGCGGCUCUUUGACCGGUCUCAGCCCAGAGUGGGACGACACCAGGUAUCUGCUGCCAGUGACCUCCCAGUUCAUCAUGAAGGAGCCUCCGUCCAGCUUUGGCCGCAUUUCCUCGGCCAUGCCAAGCUCCCGCAGCCUUUUCACCACCAGGAUGGGCCACUUCUGAGGUCACCAUGGAAACCCCGAGUUUUGACCUCAACCUCCCUCCCCUGACUCUCACUCAGCCAAACUCUGAUCUCAGCAAUCCAGAUAUGGAUGUGAUUUCGGGGCAGCUCUUAACACUGGACAGAGCCUCACUCGUGGUCAAAUCGCCUUGCUGAAGAUCGACAGGGAAAGGCUGUCCGAUAUGGGAUUGCUAAAGGGCCUUGUUCAGUUUAAUUUUGUUUGGCCCUGCUCAGACCAGCGAACCCUGGAUCCCUCCUUUUAGCUCUAGUAACGCCAGACAAUGGGCUAACCCUCUUUUCUCACUGUAACUGCUGUAUAAUACCUACUCACUGUACAGUUACAGUACAAGUCAGUACUGUAAAAGGAAAGAAUAAUAAAUACUAAACAAUGCAAUGAUUAUUUAUUUAUGUACUUAUUUAUUUUGUAAGGUAUUCCAUGAAUGCAGUGAAUGCUAAUGCAGAAUGCACAUAUGGAAUGAUAUCAACAAAGCUACCCCUUGUUUGAGAAAGUGGAUGUUAAAAACUACAAAAAGCUUAUUUUUGUUGGCUGCAAUCAGUUGUUCUAUUUCUAUAUUUUGAAUUUAAUUUAUUUCAUAACUUAUACUAGACGAUUUCUGUUUAUAAACGCUUUGUCACUUUGUUUUAACUUUUGCAGUUGAGAAUAACAGUAUAAAUGUGGUGCCCAGCAAACCCAGAAUGUUUAACUUUUGAAUGCUAAUGCUUCAUGUUUUACCUGUGUGAUGUUUAGUGCAGUACUAUUAAGCGACACAAUGUUUAGAAUGUCGGUGUAGUAAAGCCGAGCCUCUUUGCCUCUUAGGGAAUGAGCUGAUUUUGAUGCCACAGUGCGAAGAGCCAAACUUAAGUCUCAGAGAGCACCCACUUUCUAAUAUAUGCACUUUGCAGUUUGUCAAGAAACAGAAAGUGGGUGCACAUUACAGUAGUGUUUGCAUGCCUAGGUUUGAUCCCCUCACCCAGAUGUAGUGGUUAGACAGAGGAGCUGAAUAUACUUGAAGUUUUGUGUUGUCAUUAAUUAUUGUGUCUUUAUAUCAGCAGCUCUUGGAUGAAGACCCAUCACGUUUAGAUUUAUCUCUGGUAUGAACAUAUUAAGGUUAAUGAGGAUAUGUUGCAUCAGUAAGAGAUUGUGCAGCGCAUUGAAUCACUCAAAUCAGGCCAUACAGUAUGUCCUGUACUGUAAAAGCAGUGAUUUACCUUGAGAUGAGCAGCUACAGCUUUUGUUCCUCACCGCACUGUAGGUGUAAGUGCCAGGAAUAUUUUGGAUGUGCCAAUAAUACGCACGUCGACUUCACGUGUUCAUUUGGUUUUAUUUGAAGUUAAUGUCAUAAAACUACUGUAGGACCUCAUUUUAAUACAGUAUUAAAUGUUUAUAGGGAGAAAUGCAGUGUGGUAUAUUUAGUAGUUUACUUGGCUCUCUGCACUACCCCAUGGGAUGAUACAUAGACUAAACUUUUAAAGAUGGUAUUUAGUCAGCAGACAGAUAAAUACAGUACCCUGUACAUUUUUCUAACACCAAUUUUGACUAAGAUGUAUAACAGCAAAGCUGUGCUAAAUCUGCUCCAAUUGAAUUCUCCCUAUACACUGAGCAUUAAGUGAAUGAACACAAUGCCAAAUAUUUUUAUUUUGCCUGAUUUUAUUUGUUAUUUAAGACAACUUUUCAUUGGCGUUACAAGGUAUUUUUAAUUUUACACAGCAAUAAAAUGUUU